AUUUCUAAAUUUUUAAAAACUAAAACUAUGAAGUCAGAAUUACAAUCGUGUUAAAGGGAGUCUAAAUCAUUCGCCAAGGAUAAUUUGUCGUGGUGGAAAAUUUUCACAUCUCAGAGUCUGCUGAAAGAAAUUGAAGAUAGUCGUUUACUUGUGGAAAUUCUGACGUUAUUCAAAGCUGUGAGAAGACUCUCACCAACUAUGGUUCUUGGAAAAUGCUCACGGGAAGUUGCAGAACUCCUGUCAACUGGCGAUGGACGAAACAAUUCUUUGGGAGUGUUCUGAGCAUAAAAUCUGAGCAGGCAUCAAUCCGCAUGCUUGAGCAAUAUCCAUCUUCUGAGGAUGGUAAAUCAUCAAGCCUCAUCUACUUGGUCGUUGCCUUGUUUGCAUAUUACUGCAGAAUGUGAGACUAGCAAAGGUUGCCCUUCGACAUGGUGCUAGUAACAUGGUCAAUGCAAUCUCAAGGGAGCUGGUGUUGCUGAAUGUUUGGCACUUCCUGAAUUGUGUUCGCUAAAACAAUGGACAACCAUGAACGUCUUGUGCAUUUUUAUUUGGGGUUUGCAGAAAAGCAACUCCUUCCUCUUCCCAAAGAUCUUGCAGGAGGGACACGCUUUUGCUACUAUUUAUUCUCAUCCUGUUGUAAGUUUAUAUUGCAACCUCUGCUUUCACUUCUUUCAUGAAUACUUCUUUCCAGGUAUAAGCUAGCUGUUGUUGAAGUUAGGAAUAAGUAUUUCUAAACAGUUCUUAUUUUCAUGAUUUGACCAAGGAAUAACACAUUACUCCUAACCAAAGGAGCCCUAAAGAUUUUGGAGUUGGAAUGAGACACCCAGAUCCUAGUGGCGGCAAUCAGCAAAGUACAUGAACGACUUCUUAUAGGAUGGCUGCUGUAGGUUCAAUACAUGAAUGUAAAAGAUUAUUUCUGUGGUUACACUAAUGCCCUAAUCCUAGUGGCAAGGACUAAUUAAAGGAGCUCAUUCUCUUCACAUUCUAUCCCAUGGUUUUAUUUGGUAAAUACGAUUGAGAACCCUUCUCUGUUCCACAUUCCUCCCACCAUCCCAAGGAGCAAGGAUUUGAACAACAACACCUCUAGAUUAGAAGUCUCAUGAUCAAGCCACUUUGCAGUAUAGAAUUUCUGCAUUACCUAGAGAGGAGAUUAAUUAUGUGGGAACUAAAUUAUACAUGCAAUAAAGUAGAUUGUUCAUGUAUCCUAGAAACUUGACUUGAAAAGAGAACAAAAGCAGACUGUACAGUAAUCUAUUUUCCUUUGGCUUAAUUCAAUUUUUAGUCUAUUAACUAUCAGUUUGAUUUCAUUUUAGUCUAGAAAGUUUAGUUUCUUUCUAAAUGGUCUAUAAACUUUAGAAAUAUUU